CGAACUGGCAUCAGCUUGCUCUGCCCAUGACACAUCAAUGGGCCUGUUUUGAGCAGGAAACGGCUACAGCAUCCCCCAGAUGGCUGUGCAGUUCCUGUUUGAACACCUCCAACAAAGGAGAGCCCACGAAGCAGCCUCCUUCCUUGGCCAGCUGCAUUCUUUCAAACUCCUUCCUGUCCGUGGCUUUUCAGUAGGCAAAAGCACUCCAUCAUCUGACAGCAAGGUGAUUCUAACAAACAUGAAGAUAAUCAACAGUGAAAUGAACCAAAGCCAAGGACAAUCACGAGAAAAUCUUGCAGCCACAGACUCUUCAGAGGAAACUCAACCUCCUGAAUCAGGCACCCUGAUAGAACCACAAGCAAACUUGGUCAUUGGAAGAGAUUCUCCAGUGGAAGCAGAGCAGCUUGCCACACUCCCAUGUCUCAACACCUUGACGUCAAAAUGCCAUCUUCCAAGACUAGCCAAGUAUGAAUCAGAGGACUCUGGUGUUGAGUUGCCAAGUGGAGCCAACUCUCCGUUGACGCCCAAAGGCUCUGAAAAGAGUUUUGUGCUCCACAGCAGAGAUUCAUCCUGUGACUCUGGGAUGCUAAGUGUCUCUUCCUCACCAACAGCUGGCCAUGUAGUAAUGAUAAUGUGCAAAGACACUGUUGAUAUCUGUCCCCGCAUUUCAGACAGCAAGAAGCCAGAGGAGCACUAUGAAGGGCAGGCAGAUGCAAUCCAGACUUCUGCAGCUUCCUUGGAGGAUGUCACGGAUUGUCCAGAGGGAAACAAUUCUGACCAGUCUUGUUCUGGCAGCACUCAAGGAGAAUGCUUGGAAGACAAACCCAGCAAAGGGACCAACACAUUUCUCCUCCCCGCCACUCCAGUGGGAGACGAAAGAUACAGUGAUGAUUACAGCAAACACCAUUUACAAGAGAGUCCCCUGCAAGGGCAUCCUCUAAGAAAAUAUCCUACGAGUGACAGCUUGGAUGAAUACAUGGAUGAGUGUUGUAGACUGAGUGAGGUGAAUCAAGGGAAUGCCAAGGCCUUUGGCUCAGGCCUCGGCUAUCUGGAGCACAUCUGUCAACUUAUUGAAAAAAUUGGGCAACUACAAGAUCACAACUUGAGAUUACAGAAACAAGUGGGCAACUUGCAGAAGGAGCAGAAAACAAUCCAACUAAAAGAAGAGUAUUUUCUACAGCAUUGCUCCUGCGGUGCUGCCAGCAUUCUGUUCAGCUCGUACCAGGAGAUGAAGAGACUUUUUGCCGGGAAGAGCAGACCACACAGCCUGUUGGUUCAGAAUGGAAACAUGUCUGACCUCUCAAUCAUUCCAGAAAUGGGAAGAAGCAGUGGAAAAUCAAGUGAUUACAGAGAAGAUGUUCACAUGGAUUCAGAAAAUAACCAGCUGAUAAUGGGAUCAAAGUUUUCAAAUGGAAGGAAGAAUGGAGAGAAUGAAUGCAGGGAAGACUGUAACGGGAUUGAUGGCCAAGCUUUUCUGCCAAAGGAGCUAGCCAUGAAAAGGAGUGAAUAUCAUGCCUGGGGAAGAAUGAGAGACCUUGUGAGGAAGACUAGAGGAAGGAAUCAGAGCAGGCUGGGGCUGUCAUCAACUGCUUUGAAAAGGUCAUGUCCUCAGCUCUAUAGGCCAGAUGUUAUGCCUUUGGAUUUGAAGAAAGUGGAGAGGAACUCUAUGAUUGUAUUGGGAAAAGGCUCAAGGAAUGAAAAUGCUUGGCCUUUCUGACUGGAAGGAAAUGAGAGAGGAAGACAUCUGAGCGCUGAAGAAUGUGAUGCUAAAACCUGUCAAGAAUGACUAUCAUAAUUUUGCAGAAAGAUCUUGCAAAGAAAUGCUUUCUGAGAAAUCAGUGGCUUCCCGCAUGUAAUGUGUCUAUUCAUGAAUUUAAACUCUUAUAUCAAGAUUAUAGCUGUUUACAAUAACUAUGUUAAGUUACUUUUUGAGCAGUUCCAAAAGGUUAACCCAUGUUAGUUUUUUGUGGCAAAACCAACCAAAAGUCCAGAGGCACCUUAAAGAUGAACAAAUGUGUUGAGGCAUGACCUUGAGACCAGAGCCUACUUCAUCAGAAUCAUGAACUAUUACUCUUAGUUGGUAGAUCUAUCCAUCCUAAGCAAUAUAAGGAAUGGGCAUCAGUUAUCUGACAUUAACAUCUUAAGGCUUGUUCAUUUUUAGGAGCAACUAAAGUGAUUUUCCUCUUAGUGGUACUUUCACACUUGCCUGCAGCAAUUGUGUGAGAAUGGUUCAAAAGUCACUUGGUGAUUUUUUUUAAUUGUUCAGGAGGAAUCUCCCCCCGCCUUCCUUUGUAACUUCCUUUGUAACUGUAACUGAACCAAAAUUAGAAACAAAGAAAUGUAGAAUAUUAUGCUGGCACAGUAGUGCCAGUACAGUUAAAAUGAGGAGUUAUUUUAACAUUAUAAGCCCUGAACAGUCUAUUGGUCAUGCAGAAGGUACCACGUUCAGUCCCUGGCAUCUCCAGGUAGGGCUGGGAAAGACUCUUGCCUGAAACCUUAGAGAGCCACUGCCAGGCAGUGUAGAUAAUACUGCACUAGAUACACCAGUAGUCUGACUCAGUAUAAGGCUGCUUCUUAUGUUCCUAUGAGUAGGAAUAACUGUGUUGGACUGCUUACACAACUGCUCAUUCUUAUAGCAUUGGGGCUGACUGUGUCUGCAGCAGUGCCAGAAUGCUGCAUGUCAUGUUGGCCAUAUUUUGAACAUGAGCUCACUUGGUGCACAUUAUAUUUUUUUCAGACCAGUCAUUAGUUUAGCUUUUGAUCAUGACCUGGCACCAUUGCAAGUUUUCUCAAUGUGUUUGAUCAAAAUGUAGAAAACGAUGGCUCCUCUAUUGUGCAGAGAUGUCUUCAGAGCUUAGCAAUAGAGCAUGUUCUAUGCAUUCAGAAGGUCCCAGGUUCAGUGUGUUGUAACUCUAGUUAAAACAACCUUGGGUAACGGUGCUUGGAAAGACAUCUGUCUCUAGACUGCUCUCUCUUAAGAGAGCCACCCUCCAGUCAGUGUGUGGAGAGUACUGGUCUAGAAUUUCACAAGUGGAGGAUAUCAACCACUGUCUUAGACUGUCUUAGGCUGUCAUUGAUCUAUUGAUCAAUGGCCUGACAGUCUAAGUCAGUGCCUGAUAUCCUCCACUUCUGAAAUUCUAUCUGGGAAGUAGAAUGCUUAACUAGUUUAACACUGUCCUGUUGAUUCCAGCAUGAGGGAAAGCUACUAAGGCAUGCGGGAAUCAACAGGACAGUGUUAAAUUAGCUAAGCAUUCUACUUUCCGGAUAGAAUUUCAUAAGUGGAGGAUAUCAGGCACUGUCUUAGACAGUGAGGUUGCGCCAUCCAGUAAAAUGAAGUUGACAUCUUUGAGCUCUCUGCUAGCUGGGGCUGCCUGCCUAUCUCCAGUUCUACAACGCCUCAGUUUGUGUCCCUUCGUUCAGAAUGAAGCCAGUGAAGAGAUGGGAGGUAGCACAGCUGUAAAAGAGGCCCAAUCCGAAAUGGCUUUGUAUCCCCACACCCAAUAGCUCUGGCUGUGUCUAUCCUUGCCUCCAGAAUAUUUGUGCCUAUCCUUCAGUGAGAGGAUUUUGCUAUCAAUCUCACUGCACUACCUCCAAUUUUGCAUGCACAAAUAUUCCACCGGAUGCAAACGUCAUAAAAUGCAGAGGUGCCUUUCAUUCUCCUUGAUCCCACAAGGAUGAUGGUGCAACAAAGCAAGCAAAGCAACCCUGUUUCUGUUCUUACCCCAUGUCAAGAGGUAUGUGGCAUCUAUUCCUUGUUAAUAGGUUCUAUCCAAAUAAAAUUUGUUGUUACUGAGACCCAAUGAAAUUAAUGGGACUUCAGUUGGUCACAAAUAGUCUGUCUCAUUGAUUUCAAUAGUGUCCAGUCAUGACUGACCAAAUAAAUGUAUGUGUGUAUAUAUGUAAAAACCCUGUAUGUAUGUAUGGACAAACCUUGUCCUUUCAGCUGUUCAUUUUGCAUCUCUCCAGCUUUGUCCAAUGGUGUGGAACAUGGGAACUAGAUUAUUCUGUGAACAAAGUGAAAAGUAAAUGAAGCAGAUGCUGUAUGCAGACUUAGUGUGGAUUUGCACAUGCCUGAAACACACAGGAGUCCACAUGUUUGCAACUUUUUGCUGUUUCUUUUAGUGGCAAGGGUCUAUUUCCGUGUUUCAGAAAUAACCCGUCAUGUUGGUGCAUGUGGGGGAGUAUUAUGCUACGGGUGGGGUGUUGUUGUUUUUUUUAAACUGCUUGGUAUGGUUCAAAUCCACCUUUGUGCAAUUUUGCAGAAAUCAGUGAUUGUAGGGGGCUUCAGAAUGCAGAACUGAACCUGUAAAAAAUGUUCAAAUAGCCAUGUCAGAUGUAAAACAUAACUUUUAUAUGCACAGUUUUUAUAAAGCAAAGUAGUCUCUUAACAUUAUAAAUUAUCCAUUUUCAUAAAUAUAUUUAUGUAACAUAUAUUAUAUAUUUAUAAUCAAGGGUCAAACUAGGUGUGAUACAAGAGAUCAAUUAAUAGGAUUUCCUGCUUUUAGAAAAUGCAUUAAUAGCAGCUGUGGGGAGCAAGGAGUGAUUUGGAUUUGGACUACAGCAUGGGAAGGGUGUUAACCCCUUUUCCUUGUACCCGUUUCAUGAUUAACUUGCAGCCACAGGGUAAACAGGAGGCAGUGGCACUGGUGUUAACUGAGAAACCAGCAAAGGCAAAGAGGAAACCCCACAAUCCUAUACACAGAUUCCCCACAUCAUGUCUGGUUUGGCCCCAAGAAGCUUCACAUUAUCAGUGUAAGAUGCUUAAUGAAAACACGUAUGGAAAAAGAUAA